AUGGGUGCGUGGACAGGAUGGGUUGUAUUAGUAUUUGUUGCGUUUGAAGCGUUGGAAUUUUUUUUCAAAAAGAAAGGAUUUGAAGAACCGUUAUCUAUUGAAUUCGACAUGGAUUAUCCGACUGUACACCCAGGGUCACAAACUAGUCGACUUAAAACUACGUUGCAAUAUUUUCUUCUUGGAUUUCAUAUUUUAGUAUCAUUAGGAUUGGCUAUUGCACUCAUUGUACUCAUAUCUAAACGAUUGUAG